GGGGGGGGGAGAGAUUGUUUGAGCGCGAGGCGCCGGCGCGCGGGAGACAAACGGAGAGCGGGAAAGGGAGAGGAGAGAGACACAGAGCGAGGCCGAACCGCACAGCCCACCUUCAUCAGCACGGUAACCGCUAACGGCAGGCCCCCAGGGUGUCUGCACCGAAAUAACACUGUGUUAGCAUGGCAGCAUACUAUGGGUGUAGAUAUCUGCCAUCCUGACACCCUGUGUGUGUGUGUGUGUGUGUGUGACACCGUAUACUAUAUACACACUAUAAACAAUAUAAUAUACACUAUAAAUAUACACACUAUAAAUAAUAUAUAUACACACUAUACUAUAUACACUAUAUACUAAUAUAUACUAUAAAUAAUAUACACUAUAUACACACUAUACUAUAUACACACUAUACUAUAUACUAAUAUAUACUAUAAAUAAUAUAAUAUAUACAUUAUAAAUAAUAUAUACUAUAUAUACUAUAAAUAUAUAUUAGAUAUAUACAAUAUAAAUAAUAUACUAUAAAUAAUAUACUAUAAAUACACUAUAUACUAUAUAUACACUAUAUACACACUAUAUACUAUAUAUACACUAUAUAUAAUAUAAUCACUAUAUACAAUAUAAAUAUAAUAUAUACACUAUAUACUAUAUAUAAUAUAAUCACUAUAUACAAUAUAAAUAAUAUACUAUACAUAAUAUAAUAUAUACUAUAUACACUAUAAAUAAUAUAUACUAUAUAUACACUAUAUACUAUAAAUAAUAUAUAUACACUAUAAAUAAUAUAUAAUAUACGCUAUAUACAAUAUAAAUAAUAUACUAUAAAUAUAAUAUAUACUAUAUAUACACUAUAUAUAAUAUAUAAUAUACACUAUAAUAUACACUAUAAAUAAUAUACACUAUAAAUAAUAUAUAUACUAUAAUUAUAUAUAAAUACUAUAUAUACACUAUAAUAUACAAUAUAUACACUAUAAAUAAUAUAAUAUACAAUAUAUACACUAUAUACUAUAUAUACACUAUAAUUAAUAUAAUAUACACUAUAUACAAUAUAUACACUAUACAAUAUAAAUAAUAUACUAUAAAUAAUAUAAUAUAUACUAUAUAUACACUAUACAUAAUAUAUACAAUAUAUACUAUAUACAAUAUAAUAUACACUAUAUUAUAUAUAAUAUACAAUAUAUACUAUAUAUAAUGUACUCUAUAUAUACUAAAAUAUACAAUAUAUACACUAUAAAUAAUAUACUAUAUAUACACUAUAUUCACACUAUAUACUAUAUACACACUAUAUACUAUUAGAGAUGUCACGAACUUCCCGCGAACAUGUCGCCGCGGUUUGCCGCGAACCGUUCGCAGCGAGCUCCAGUCAGCUGGAGAUUGGCCGGGAUGUGUCAGCUGACUGGAGCUCGACGCAAACGGUUCGCGACAUCUCUAUAUAUUGUAUACACACUGUAUAUUGUAUACACACUGUAUAUUGUAUACACACUGUAUAUUGUACACACACUGUGUAUACACACUGUAUACACACACACACUGUAUACUCUAUAUACUAUAUACAAUAGAUACUAUAUAUACACGAUAAACUAUACACACUAAAUAUAUGUACACUAUAUAUACUAACUAUACACACUGUAUAUAAAAUAUUCUAUAUAUACACUAUUCUAUACAUACACUAUAUACUAUAUACACUAUAUACAUCUCUCUAUAUAUCUAUAUCUCUCUAUCUAUCCAUCAGGGGUAGGCAACCUUUUAGCAGCACUGUGCCAAAAUGGGAUUGUGAUGUCCAGUAGCGUGCCGGUCCUAUUUGUUUUUAAUUGAGGUGUGUAUGUUGCUGUAUUCUGCAUGUGUAAUUAUACUGCAGUUGCUUGGUAUUGUUGUAUUUGUGCCUAUAUGAGCUAUUAUGUUCAUGAGUAGUUUGUGGUAUUGUGUAUGAUACCUAUGAAUGUAGGCCGGCGCGCGGGAGACAAACGGAGAGCGGGAAAGGGAGAGGAGAGAGACACAGAGCGAGGCCGAACCGCACAGCCCACCUUCAUCAGCACGGUAACCGCUAACGGCAGGCCCCCAGGGUGUCUGCACCGAAAUAACACUGUGUUAGCAUGGCAGCAUACUAUGGGUGUAGAUAUCUGCCAUCCUGACACCCUGUGUGUGUGUGUGUGUGUGUGUGUGACACCGUAUACUAUAUACACACUAUAAACAAUAUAAUAUACACUAUAAAUAUACACACUAUAAAUAAUAUAUAUACACACUAUACUAUAUACACUAUAUACUAAUAUAUACUAUAAAUAAUAUACACUAUAUACACACUAUACUAUAUACACACUAUACUAUAUACUAAUAUAUACUAUAAAUAAUAUAAUAUAUACAUUAUAAAUAAUAUAUACUAUAUAUACUAUAAAUAUAUAUUAGAUAUAUACAAUAUAAAUAAUAUACUAUAAAUAAUAUACUAUAAAUACACUAUAUACUAUAUAUACACUAUAUACACACUAUAUACUAUAUAUACACUAUAUAUAAUAUAAUCACUAUAUACAAUAUAAAUAUAAUAUAUACACUAUAUACUAUAUAUAAUAUAAUCACUAUAUACAAUAUAAAUAAUAUACUAUACAUAAUAUAAUAUAUACUAUAUACACUAUAAAUAAUAUAUACUAUAUAUACACUAUAUACUAUAAAUAAUAUAUAUACACUAUAAAUAAUAUAUAAUAUACGCUAUAUACAAUAUAAAUAAUAUACUAUAAAUAUAAUAUAUACUAUAUAUACACUAUAUAUAAUAUAUAAUAUACACUAUAAUAUACACUAUAAAUAAUAUACACUAUAAAUAAUAUAUAUACUAUAAUUAUAUAUAAAUACUAUAUAUACACUAUAAUAUACAAUAUAUACACUAUAAAUAAUAUAAUAUACAAUAUAUACACUAUAUACUAUAUAUACACUAUAAUUAAUAUAAUAUACACUAUAUACAAUAUAUACACUAUACAAUAUAAAUAAUAUACUAUAAAUAAUAUAAUAUAUACUAUAUAUACACUAUACAUAAUAUAUACAAUAUAUACUAUAUACAAUAUAAUAUACACUAUAUUAUAUAUAAUAUACAAUAUAUACUAUAUAUAAUGUACUCUAUAUAUACUAAAAUAUACAAUAUAUACACUAUAAAUAAUAUACUAUAUAUACACUAUAUUCACACUAUAUACUAUAUACACACUAUAUACUAUUAGAGAUGUCACGAACUUCCCGCGAACAUGUCGCCGCGGUUUGCCGCGAACCGUUCGCAGCGAGCUCCAGUCAGCUGGAGAUUGGCCGGGAUGUGUCAGCUGACUGGAGCUCGACGCAAACGGUUCGCGACAUCUCUAUAUAUUGUAUACACACUGUAUAUUGUAUACACACUGUAUAUUGUAUACACACUGUAUAUUGUACACACACUGUGUAUACACACUGUAUACACACACACACUGUAUACUCUAUAUACUAUAUACAAUAGAUACUAUAUAUACACGAUAAACUAUACACACUAAAUAUAUGUACACUAUAUAUACUAACUAUACACACUGUAUAUAAAAUAUUCUAUAUAUACACUAUUCUAUACAUACACUAUAUACUAUAUACACUAUAUACAUCUCUCUAUAUAUCUAUAUCUCUCUAUCUAUCCAUCAGGGGUAGGCAACCUUUUAGCAGCACUGUGCCAAAAUGGGAUUGUGAUGUCCAGUAGCGUGCCGGUCCUAUUUGUUUUUAAUUGAGGUGUGUAUGUUGCUGUAUUCUGCAUGUGUAAUUAUACUGCAGUUGCUUGGUAUUGUUGUAUUUGUGCCUAUAUGAGCUAUUAUGUUCAUGAGUAGUUUGUGGUAUUGUGUAUGAUACCUAUGAAUGUAGGCUAUGUAUGGGAGCUGCUUCUAGAAUUGUGUGUGUAGAUGCAUGUUACAUUGUGUGUUUGGGAGUGUGUAUGUGAGAGGCUGCAUGUAUGGGGAUUGCUAGUGGUGUGUGGAUUGUGUGUAUGUUUGUGUGUGGGAUGAUCGUAUUAUUUGUAUGAGGGGAGGGUUAUUGUGCAUUUCUGUGUAUAUCUAGCAGUGUGGGUGGCUUCCCUGUUGGGAUCAGGCUGGCCAAGUACAGCUCAAGGACAGGAGCUGCAAUAGCAGCUGCGGGAUGUUCUACUACAGUGCGGAUUCUCAUUCACAAGUGCUGGGAUUAAGUGAACUGAGAUCACUUCCUCUACGUGUUGCACCUUAGCUGCAUAUGGCGUUAGGUAGGGACGGAUGCGCGCAAUGUUUUUGAGAUGGAAGUGGCAGGAUUUGGCAAUCAACUGGACAUAAGGGGUGAAGGAGAGGUCAGAGUCAAAGAGAACACCUAGGCAGAGAGCCUACAUGGUGGAGUUGAUGGUAGCACCAUUAAGGUGGAGGUAGACAGACGGGAGUAGCAACACUUAAGGGAAGAAAGAUCAGAAGUUCUGUUUUGGACAAGUUGUGUUUAAGGAAGUGGGCAGCCAUCCAGUUAGAAAGAGCAGAGAGGCAGUCAGAGACACUAGUCAAGAGGGGCGGUGAGAGAUCAGGGUAGGACAUAUAGAUUUGCGUGUCAUCUGCAUAGAAGUGAUAUUGGAAGCCAAAAGAGCUGAUGAGUUUACAGAGGGAGGCAGUGUAGAUCGAGAACAGUAGGGGACCAAUGACUGAACCUUGGGGGACACCAACAGAGAGAGGUUGGGAGGAAGAGGCAGAGCCAGAGAAAGAAACAUUAAACUAGUGCUGGGUGAGAUAAGAGGAGCACCAGGAGAGAGCCUCACCACCUGUUCGUAUUAGCAGAUAUCUGAAGUUACACUGACUCCUGAUAGGCCAGAGUCUGUUUGGCUCUAGCAGCCUUGAGUGCCGUGCAAAGACAUCACGAGUGCCGUGCAUGGCACUGGUGCCAUAGGUUGCAUACCUCUGAUAUAUAUACUAUAUAUACUGAUUACAAUAUACGAUUGUAACCCCCCCCCCCCAUGACCAGUCUAAUGCUUCCCCAAUGGCAUGAUUGGAACCCCCCUGCGACCAGUCUGCUUCCCCAAUGGCAUGAUUAGACCCCCUCCUCCCCCGGGCAGUGUAAUGCUUCCCCAUUGGAUAGCAAGUGCGCAGGUAAGGCAAAUCGCUGCCCUGCGCCAAUCAACAAAACCUCAUGGAGAUGCAUUGAAUCAAUCGAUCCCCAUGGGGAGUGUUCACUUUUUCAGUGCAGAACAUGAAGAUGCUGAAACUUAGGAAGUUCCUCUAAGGGCAGGGCUAUGGCAAAUCAGGUACUCUCGUUUAGUGUUAAAGGGACUAUAUAGCCACCAAGACCCCCUUAGUCCUGUUUUAGAGAAACUGCAAUGAUUACCUUUCAGUGCUAAGACUGCCUCUAGUGGCUGUCAAUCAGACAGCUACUAGAGGCACUUCCUGGAUCUUAACAUAAUUUUGGUCGCCUGACACUGGGCAUCCUUACAUUCUGCGUUAGGACAUCCGGUGUCAGAUAAAUCCCCAUAGGAACGCAUUGAGCAUUGCUUUUCUAUGGGUAGAGCCUAAUGUGCUCGCUGCUUAUGUGCAUUAGGUUUCCCCCAUCGGAGCAAGAAGAGUGGGAGAUCGCUGCUAAAAUAGUGAGUGUGGUUUUUGGUACCAGAGGGUACUUUAGUGUAAGGCAUACAACUUUGUAUUCCUUACACUAUAGAAUCCUCUUAAGCUGUUAAAAAAUAGAUUAGCCAAAUGGAGGGCCAAUUCAAUACGAUUAAAUGGUUGUAGUGCCUAUAGUAUUGCCUUUAAGGCAGGGCUUGACAAAUCCCAGGUCGCCAAGGAGACCAGGAAACUUGUCCUGCCACCUGGGAUUUGUGAGCUUGUUCAGCCUGUGAGGUGAUGAGAACAUAGGCAGGCAGUCUGCUCAUGGAGAGCUAGCAGAGACAGGCAGUCUGCUCAUGGAGAGCUAGCAGAGGCAGGCAGACUGCUCAUGGAGAGCUGAGGGAGGCGGAUGACUUAAUGUGACACGUGAGGAAGCUGUAAUCUCCCUGCUCUGCACACCUUUCAGGAGCCAGAAUAUGACGUUACUCCGGCUCACUAAGCCUUGCGUGAGAGGGAGUUGAGUAGGAAGAUGACAGUAGUCCCAUUGGACCCCAGGGAAAAACUAUCUACUCCAGCUGUCCAAAUGUAUGGAGGCUGGGUGGAUUUAAAUUAAAAUCAAAAAAGUAAUUAUUUGUGAUUGAGUCUGUCGACGAGUGUGUGUUCCCUCCAAUCACAUGGGAAAAGUGUUUUUACUCCCCUUUUUCCCCCACACCAUGCUGGUGACGCCGCUGUUUGUCCCACAUCCUUGGCUGAAACCCUCAAUCUUGACGAUCUUAGUCAAUCCAAUGCUUCCCCAUAGGAAAGCAUUGAGACUAUUGCGCAUGCACAGCAAACUGCCACUGUGCCAAUUUAACUUCUCAUCGAGAUGCAUUGAAUCAAUGCAUCACUUUAGGGAACGUUAACAUAGGUGCUUCACAGAGUGAAGCAGUGACCAAGGAAGCACAUCUAAAUGGCGUCUGAGUGACGGUUUCACCAGGCAGCAAUAUAAAUACUGCUUUUUGUCUGAAAGACGUUCAGAGACAGGAUAUAGACUUAAGCACUACAUUAAAGGAUCACUAUAGGGUCAGGAACAUAAAAAUUUAUUCCUGUCCUUAUAGUGCUAAACCCACCAUUUAGGUGGCUUGCCCCCUCAGAAUGGGUUAACUUACCUACCUUAUUUUCAGCUCUCCCCAGGUGCGCUGGUCCCUUCCCCAUGGUGACAUUACCAAAAUUGCUGUUUUUUAGCCAAUCCAAUGCUUUCCCAUGAGGAAAGCAUUGGAUUGGCUAAAAUUGGCAAGGGGCGGGGCCAAACGCUUUUUGGGGCAGUCAGCACCUCCUCAUAGAGAUGCGUUGAAUCAAUGCAUCUCUAUGAGGAAAAUUCAACGUCUCCAUGCAGUGUGUGGGGAUGCUGAAUGGCAGGGCUGACUACUGUGCAACACUGAGCCAGUAAGCACCUCUAGUUGCCAUCUGAGGAGUGGUCACUUGAAAGAGUCCCUACGGGCAAUGUUAACACUGCCUUUUCUCUGAAAAGACAGUGUUUACAUGAAAAUGCCUGAAGGGAGCUAUUAUACUCACCGGAACAAUUACAUUAAGCUGUAGUUGUUCUGGUGACUAUAGUGUCCCUUUAAGCUGUAGUGGUUCUGGUUAGGGAUCGACAGAUUAUCGGUCUGGCCGAUCUUUGGUAUUUUCGGCAAUAUCGGUAUCGGCCAUUAUAGAUACCGAUAUUGCAGAUAAUACCUCCUAGGACCGCCGGACUGGGGAGGGCCUGCAGGAAGCUGUUCCUUACCUCUCCAGCAGCUCCUUUAACUCCCCAGUGCAAAUCUUGCGAGUCCUGCAGCCGCAGAGCGUUGCCACGGGUUACCAUGGCAACGCUCCACGCGGCACUAAGGUCUGUGAGAUUUCCACAGGGGAGCUGGAGAAGCUGCAAGAAAGGUAAGGAACAGCUUCCUGCUGGGCUUAUGAGCCUGGCGGUCCUGUUUAAGUGGGGCAUACCUGUCCCAUUCAAACACUAUAGGUACUUAGACCACUUCUUCUAAUUGAAGUGGCGUUGGUGCGGCGAUCCCUUAGCCCUGCAAUGUCAGAGGUGUGAAUUAAAGGGACACUAUAGUCACCUGAACAACUUUAGCUUAAAGAGGCAGUUUUGGUGUAUAGAACAUGCCCCUGCAACCUCACUGCUCAAUCCUCUACCAUUUAGGAGUUAAAUCCCUUUGUUUAUGAACCCUAGCCUCCCUGCAUGUGACUUGCACAGCCUUCCAUAAACACUUCCUGUAAAGAGAGCCCUAUUUAGGCUUUCCUUAUUGCAAAUUCUGUUUAAGAUUUUCUUAUCCCCUGCUAUGUUAAAGGACCACUAUAGUGCCAGGAAAACAUAUUCGUUUUCCUGGCACUAUAGUGCCCUGAGGGUGCCCCCACCCUCAGGGUCCCCCUCCCGCCCGGCUCUGGAAAGGGGAAAGGGUUAAAAACUUACCUUUUUCCAGCGCUGGGCGGGGAGCUCUCUGCUUCCUCUCCUCCUCUUCUCCUCCUCCUGGACUGAAUGCGCACGCGCGGCAAGAGCUGCGCGCGCAUUCAGCCCGUCGCAUAGGAAAGCAUUUACAAUGCUUUCCUAUGGACGCUUGCGUGCUCUCACUGUGAAAAUCACAGUGAGAAGCACGCAAGCGCCUCUAGUGGCUGUCAAUGAGACAGCCACUAGAGGAAAUAGGGGAAGGCUUAACCCAUUCAUAAACAUAGCAGUUUCUCUGAAACUGCUAUGUUUAUGAAAAAAUGGGUUAACCCUAGAAGGACCUGGCACCCAGACCACUUCAUUAAGCUGAAGUGGUCUGGGUGCCUAGAGUGGUCCUUUAAUAGCUUGCUAGACCCUGCAAGAGCCUCCUGUAUGUGAUUAAAGUUCAAUUUAGAGAUUGAGAUACAAUUAUUUAAGGUAAAUUACAUCUGUUUGAAAGUAAAAUCAGUUUGUUUUUUUUUUAUGCAGGCUCUGUCAAUCAUAGCCAGGGGAGGUGCGGCUAGGGCUGCAUAAACAGAAACAAAGUGAUUUAACUCCUAAAUGACAGUGAAUUAAGCAGUGAAAUUGCAGGGGAAUGAUCUAUACACUAAAAACUGCUUUAUUUAGCUAAAGUAAUUUAGGUGACUAUAGUCAUGUUCUUUAUUUUUUUAUUUUUUUUUUUUGUAUUUGUCCAAGGUACUAAAGUGAUAAUUAUCGUCCUGACAGGCUUUUUCUUCCAAAAAAAAGCAAUUAAAAUUGAAUUUGUGUCUCUCCUCUGUCAUCCCCCAUAGUGCCUGUGUGGUGAGUGCUGGUGGUAUGUAGUGUUUGGAGUGUGUGACUGUAGGGGGUGAGUGCUGGUUGUGUGUAUGUGUAACUGCAUGGUGUGUGUACUUGCUCCUUGUGGUUCCAGCACUCACUGAGUCAGUUUAUGUUGGAAGUCUGCAAUGUGCUCUAAUGAGAACCGGAACCGCAGAUUCUGUGUUUAUUCACUUGCUGCCCAAACAGACUGCCUGCCUGCCUGGUGACUAGAACUGCAUGUCCCAGGUGUCGGGCAAUAGAAAUUCCACAUCCCUGAAUGGAAAACAUUGUUGUUUACAGAAACUGCAAUGUUUACAUUGCUGGGUUAAGACUCACUCAAGAGACUGUCAACCGAACAAUCACUAAAGUUGCUUUCUGCUGUUUCACAGACUUUAACUCCAUGAAACGAUUAUGGUAGUCCUCUCCUCACACUUUGCAUAAGGAUGUCCAGCAUCUUCUAAAUCCGAGGUCCCCAGGAAAAUGUAAUGCUUUCUUCUGUUCAAAGCUUAAUAUGCGGCCCUUGUCCCACAUGCUCAUUAGCUUUCUCAUCGCACUGACGUCAGAGGAAUGGAGCCAGCAAGUAGUUUUUGUUUUUUUUAUCUUUGAAAACAGCUAGCGGGCAGAGCAGCAUUCUAGUGUUAGGAAUACAAUUUUAUAUUCUUAAAGGACCACUCUAGGCACCCAGACCACUUCAGCUUAAUGAAGUGGUCUGGAUGCCAUGUCCCUCUAGUAUUAACACUUUUUUUUUUUUUUUUUUUAUAAACAUAGCAGUUUCAGAUGUUUAUAAAUGGGUUAAUCCAGCCUCUAGUGGCUGUCUCAUUGAGAAGUCGCAAGCGUCCAUUGGAAAGCAUUAUGAAUGCUGCUGCGCAUGAUCAUUCAGGCGGAGAGGAGGAGGAGGAGAGCUCCUCGCCUGGUGCUGGAAAAAAGGUAAGUUUAACCCCUUUCCUUGCCAUCCAGCCCAGCGGGAGGGGGUCCCUGAGGGUGGGGGCACCCUCAGGGCACUAUAGUGCCAGGAAAAAGAGUGUGUUUUCCUGGCACUAUAGUGGUCCUUUAACACUAUAGUGGUCCUUUGACGUAUUAAUGUGCACUUCCAUCUGCCAGCACCAUAAAUAUUACAACUUACAUUUUUACAAAACUGUUCUGCAAACUAAAGGUGAAUUAGCAAGGUUGCUUCCUAGCAAGAAACCAACUAUCCUAAACUGUAGAAAUUGUGGUGUUUGAAGUGUACUUUUAUACUUGUCAGCAACCACCGAGGGCACUAAAAUACUUGUGUAAAAACAUAGUUAUGACUGUUUAUGCAUGUUUCUGGAGUUAUCUAUUUAGUGCAGAUAGAGUAAUUUGUGAGAAUAAACACUUCCCUAUAUACUACAGGGGUGUGGAAUUUAAAGGGACACUAUAGUCACUAGAAAAACUACAGCUUAUUGUAUUUGUUCUGGUGAGUAGAAUCAUUCCAUUCAGGCUUUUUGCAGUAAACACUGUCUUUUCAUAGAAAUUUCAGUGUUUACAUUACAGCAUACCUCCACUGGCCACCCCUCAUAUGGCUGCUUGAGGUGCUUUGUGGGAAAGUGCUGCACAUGUGACUGCCAUUCAGUGUCUCCGACCUCUUAAUAGAUAUACAUUGAUUCAAUGUAAAGUAAUAGUCCAAUCGGCUUGUUCAUCAUGAUUUAUUUGUCCUGACACAACUAAUUUUGAGUACAAAGAUUUGGACGCCAGCCAAAGCUCUGGACUUUGACACGGUUAGUUGCAAAAUUCUGACUUUUUACAGAUUAAAUAGAACAUGGAGGUAUAAAUAGAUCUGGAAACAUUCUAUAGCUCCAUUUUAUUUACAACAUGGCUAUUUUUCUGUCUCAGAUUUGCAUUGGGAGCUGUUUUUUUAAUUUUCAAACAAUGCUCUUUUGUGAAUUACCUGGAGUGUGUCUCCCUUUGUAUAUAACUCACUAGAAAGGGCCAGACCGCAAGUGAAUGAUUACUGAUGUCUACACUUGGCAGAGGUGAAGACCUUACAUUACCUGCGCCCAGCACUUUUCCCCCAAGGGAAGAACUGCAAAUUGCCCGCGGCAGGGCUAAAACUAAAAACCUAUCAGGUGAUAGAAUUUCAAAAUCCCUGAUAUUAAAGAAUUACACAAUAAUAGUUUCAGUGUAAAUGAUCUUCCAUGUCUCUUGUUUUAUGAUACAGACUUAGUGUUCUAUUACUAAUAGUGUUUUGUUUUGGGUUUUUUUUCAGUGUGUUUGACCAUUUUCUAUCAUGGCGAAGGUACAGAUCCUCAACAUGGUGGUCUUGGAUAACCCUUGCCACUUCCACAACCCUUUUCAAUUUGAAAUCACCUUUGAGUGCAUAGAAGACCUGCCAGAUGGUGAGUAUCUCUUGCUGGUGGAAAUUAUAAAGGGAUGCUCCAAUGGUAGCUUUUAUUGUUAACAAUUAAAUAUACCACCUAUAAAAACAUGCAUAAUUAAAUGCAUGUUUUUAUUGGGGGUAUAUCUACUCUUGAAUUUAGCUCCACUGAACUCAACAACCAGGAAGUAACCAGAUCAGUUGUCUUAUUGACAGCCAGUCUGUAUAACAGUUAAUUUACAAAAGUGCCAAUUUAUGUUAAAAUUGCAAGAGCUUUAAAGGACCACUAUAGUGCCAGGAAAACAUACUCGUUUUCCUGGCACUCUAGUGCCCUGAGGGUGCCCCCACCCUCAGGGACCCCCUCCCGCCCAGCUCUGGAAAGGGGUUUAAACUUACCUUUUUCCAGCGCUGGGCAGGGAGCUCUCCUCCUCCGUUCCGCCCCGUCGGCUGAAUGCACACUCGCGGCAAGAGCUGCGCGCGCAUUCAGCCGGUCGCAUAGGAAAGCAUUCAUAAUGCUUUCCUAUGGACGCUGGCGUGCUCGCACUGUUAAAAAUUACAGUGAGUAGCACGCAAGCGCCUCUAGUGGCUGUCACUGAGACAGCCACUAGAGGCUUUGGGGGAAGGCUUAGCCCAUUAAUAAACAUAGCAUUUUCUCUGAAACUGCUAUGUUUAUUUAAAAAUGGGUUAACCCUAGCUGGACCUGGCACCCAGACUACUUCAUUAAGCUGAAGUGGUCUGGGUGCCUAGAGUGGUCCUUUAAGUGUUUGGAGAACUUAUUUAAAAAAAAAACAAAAAAAAAACAAUGCCUGCAAUAUCCCCUUGUUAACCUCUGCCCUUGUCUCAAUUAAUCAUAUUCUCCAAAUUCCCUUUACAUCCCUUUCCUAAGUCCUAAUUACACUAGGCACAAUAACAUCUCACUGAAUAUUACCUAGCACUGUCUUCCCACAUGUUGUAUAGUUUUCAAGCAAAUUAAUGAUAAAGAUCAAAACCUAGCCCCUACUGGAGGUAUAUUUAAGGCAUACAUUACACACUUCCUUGUAGUCAUGCUAAGUCAUACCAGAAAUGGGCGCUUUGAUAGCCUGAAACUUGUCAGCUGACAUUCUUAGCCAAUCACAGAUGUCGAGGUUAAUGCUUCCUCUUUAGCUCAAGCAAAAUCAAACAUCCGGUGUUGUUACUUCCUUGUUAUGUAGCACAAUGGAGCCAAAAUUGUGAGACAGGCAAAUGCCCAGAGCACCUGCCUAACAAAAAUUAUUCUCAUUGAGCUGCAUUGAGAAUUCUUUGAUUGGACAGCCACAGAAAGUCUGGGCUGGGUUACAAGGGGAGCGCUUGCAAAAUAAGCCAUCUCAGCUUUUGCACGCUGUUUAGCUAUACCCCAAUAUAAAAAAGCAUAAUUAAAUGCGUGCAUGUUUUUAUGGCGGUAUAUCGCCUAAACAGUGAUUUUUGUGUUUAGGUAGUGGGGGUUUCCUUUAACUAAAGAGGCAGUAGCACAUUUUACUAUAGUGAUUGGUGUACUUUAAUAUUAUAACCUGCAUAAUUAGAUAGUGUUCAGUUAUAGUGCAAGAAAUUAACAUUCAAUUCUAGUAGAUUUUUAACCUAUACUAAUAAGUUAUAUUUUAGAAAACCUUUUUUUUUUUUCACAACUUUUUUAUUUUUCCAUAAAUGUUACAGUUCCAACUUGCUUUGCUAUUAUGUUCAUGUAGCAUUUUCCUUCUUGUUCUUGAGCAGAUUUGGAGUGGAAAAUAAUCUAUGUGGGGUCAGCAGAAAGUGAGGAGUAUGACCAAGUGCUGGAUUCUGUGCUUGUUGGGCCUGUGCCUGCUGGACGCCACAUGUUUGUGUUCCAGGUGAGUAGGUGGUCUGAAAGCAACACAUCAACUUUAACCCCUUAAGGACCAAACUUCUGCAAUAAAAGGGAAUCAUGACAUGUCACACAUUAAGGGGUUAAAGCUGAAAAUCAGUGCAAUUUAACAGCCUAGAUAUUCAAAUUUUUUGUUCUUGGGCUAACAAAAGAUGGUAAAUUUUGUAAUCACUGCAAGUCUUUUUUUUAUUUAUUUUUUUUAUGUUUUUUUACUUUUUUUAAGAAAUGGUAUUAUUGGAUUUGCAUGAUACACAUUCAUAAUGUUCAGAGAUUUAUCAGUUGUUCAUAUAUUAUAUACAGAACUGGUUAACAAGUAUAAUAAUUUACAUAAGGUACUUAUCAAUAUAUUUCACAUGGUUGAGAAUCAUCUCCAAGUUUAUAUACAUUUAAUAGGUAUUAGUCACCCAAUGCUCAUGUUUCUUUCCCAUCGUAACUUACUCCGCAAAGGAGAUUUUAGCAACUUUCUCAACAUUUCUGCUGCUGUCUUUUUGCAAUAUAUUUGCUCUGCGUCUGUGGCUUGAUGCAGUUUUGUCAAACUAAAACUUAUGUAUGGGUUGUUUUUUUGUUUUGUUUCCCCCCCAAUCAAUGUCCUGGCACACAGUCUACCAUGUAACUUCAUAGGGGAACACUGCCUUCUCUGGAAUUUAGGAAAUUUAAAGGGACACCCUAAGCAACAAAACUUAGUGAAGCAAUUUUAAUAAAUAUAGCGCAUUCAAUCUUGUUGCUCGAUUCUCUUCCAUUUAGGCGUUAAAUCACUUUAGUUACCGUUUAUGCAGUAUUUUCUUUUGAUGCUCAUAUUUUUAAGUUUGUUAAAAGAUUCGGCAUAUUGCAUCAUAAUCCGUUUCAUAACCACGGACAGUGAGUGAGCCAUGCAUGGUAGGGCGUUGCUUGGUGCAGCUAAAUGGAAGCUCCUUGCAGGAUCUUUGGCACCACUGAGGUUGCGAUUGGUAGACCCCCCUUUCUCCCAGUAAUUUGGCAAACUGCUCGCAUUUCACUUAAAUACAUUUUUGUUAAACAUAGGAAAAAAGUAGACAAAAUAUAAAAUCUGGGAAAUUGCUGUUCCUCUUUUACCUCUGUUGUGGUAUGUAUAUAUGCACACAGCACAAUGGAAGGAACACAUAAGCGAGCACACAUGCUCAUACAUUUUUCUGUUAGGUACCUGAACGCACCGGGAAUAUCUUGAGGUGAUGUUGCUCAUAACACUGAAAUUCUACUGUCGUGGGUUAUGAUGAUACAUUGCAGUUUUUUUUGGUUGGGGGGGUGAGGGGGGUGUUAAUAUAUUUCCUCUUCAGCUUCAAGCAUAUUGUCAGUUGUUCAUAAGUGAUUGAGUAGCCUUAUCAAUUGUAACAAACACAAGUCUUGGCUGAUAUUCGAUUUAAUUAUGCCUCAGUGCAAACCCAUGUCAGUGAAAGGGAACACUCGCAGGUCUUCAUUCCAAAGUGAUAUUUAUUCUUUAGUGCAAAGUUACAUGUAGUUGUAGAUAGACGUUUCGACCCUUAAUGGUCUCUUUGGACCUUGGAAAAAAAAACACUAAGGGGUUGAAACGUUGAUUUACAUGAAGACAUACAAGUUCUCCCUUUUAUUGUGGGGUAACAAAUAGUGUGUGUGUGUGUUUUAUUUAUGAUAUAAAAUAGUUUUUACCAAAAAAAAAACCUGGCUUUUUUUUUCUUUGGCAUUUUUGCAAGACUAAAUAAAAUUAGUCUUACACAAAAAACUGGGGUGCGGGGCCAGAGCUCCAUGGCUGCCGGUCGCAUAUCCUCUCACAGCUUACAAUAAGCCCCAAUUACUUCAUACCAAGCGCUCAUAUUUUGUCGCCAACAGAGACUUUCCUAUCACCAACACUGACCAGCACACUCCGAGGCAGUGAGACAGUCUGCUGUUACUCACCGUGGAGGAAGUGGCGCAGCCUAGUACAGAUGCCGGACGGGAGGGACUGUUGUUCUCUUGGCCCGCGGAGGUCAAGGUGCUCGCUGAGUCUCACUGCUGCCCCUUUACACCUCCCGGUCCCCGCCGGUUCGCAUACUAUCGUCCAGUGUGGAGUGGACGCCUAUUCUGUGGUAAACUAGGAAGGGGCAAAGGCUGGAAUGCAAGAUGGCGGCUACCAGAGUCCUAAAGGCACAAGGCCUCGCAGCACACCAAGCUGACCUCAUGAUUCCCUAUCCCAGCACCAUGGAUCGCAUUGAUGCAUCUUUUAGCAGAUUCUGGGCAGCCUUGGAGGAACAGAGGACCCGAGCACGACAGAAACCGCUCUGCCAAUGGAGACCUCAAGGAGGGAGACCUAGGGGGUGCCUUGCAGUAUGAUUCUUACAUAGUUACAUAGCUGAAAAGAGACUUGCGUCCAUCAAGUUCAGCAUUCCUCACAAAUGUUGUUGCUGUUGAUCCAAAAGAAGGCAAAAAACCUGGUCUGACGCACUUCCAAUUUUGCCACAAACUAGGAAAAAAUUCCUUCUUGACACCAAAAUAGCAGUCAGAUGUCUCCUUGGAUCAAGCAGCUAUUACCCCACUAAUUAGAAAUUAUAUCCCUGUAUGUUAUGUUUUUGCAAGUAUUUAUCCAAUUUCUGUUUAAACAUCUGUAUGGACUUUGACAAAACCACCUCUUCAGGCAGAGAAUUCAAUAUCCUUAUUGUUCUUACUGUAAAAAAAACCUUUUCUUUGCCUUAGAUGAAAUCUUUCUUCCAGCCUAAAUGUGUGACCUCGUGUCCUAUGUAUAGCCCUGUUUAUGAAUAGAUUUCCAGAUAAAGGUUUGUACUGGCCCCGAAUAUAUUUGUAUAAAGUUAUCAUAUCCCCUCUCAGGCGCCGUUUUUCCAAACUAAACAGAUUUAAUUUUUUUAACCUUUCUUCAUAACUAAAAUGCUCCAUUCCUUUUAUCAAUUUUGUAGCUAGUCUCUGGACCCUCUCCAGUGCCAUGAUAUCCUUCUUUAGAACAGGCGCCCAAAAUUGCACAGCAUAUUCAAGGUGUGGUCUUACCAGCGAUUUAUAAAGAGGCAAAAUUAUAUUUUCAUCCCGAGAAUUUAUGCCCCUAUUUAUACAUGACAAAAUCUUACUGGCCUUAGCAACUGCAGAUUGACAUUGCAUAUUGCUGCCUAAUUUGUUGUCUAUAACAAUUCCCAAACCCUUCUCGUGUGUGGUUAUCCCUAAUUCACUACCAUUUAGUGUGUAAGUUGCUUGUGCAUUCUUAACCCCGAAGUGCAUAACUUUGCAUUUCUCUGUUAAAUUUCAUCUGCCAUUUUAGUGCCCAGUCCCCCAAUCUAUCCAAAUCUCUCUGCAGGAAAGCAAUAUCCUGCUCACAUUUUAUUACUUUACAAAGUUUUGUCAUCUGCAAACACUGAUACAUGGCUUUCAAUGCCUAUUUCAAGGUGAUUUAUAAAUAUAUUAAAUAGAAGUGGUCCCAAAACAGAACCCUGAGGGACACCACUUACCACUUUUGUCCAGCCUGAAAAUUUGCCAUUAAUUACAACUCGUUGUACUCUAUCCUUAAGCCAAUGUUCUACCCAAUAUUCUAAUGUCAUGCUGUUGCUAGACAAGCUACACACAAGGCUACCUGAGCCUAGAGUCAAACAGGGACCAACCCCACUACUCAACUACCCCAACCAUACAAACAGAAGAGCCCAAGCCAAAUCCGACAACGACUGCUCAAACCUGAAGUGGACUUCUGCAAAUUCCCAAUUGGGGAGAACUUGGCCUCACAGAGUAACAGAAUUCAUAUCACAGGAGUGCUGGCUCUACAACAUGCGUGGGGCAUGGAGGGAGCCCAAUCUUGGUCUCCCAAUACUACUCAACGGCAUGGACUGUGCUUAGACGGCAGAUGUCUGCCUAGUCACUGCGUCGGCUGACCAUCACUUAUGGCGGGCUGCUCUCCCAACGUAUUCCUGGACGCAGACUUUCUUGCUAACCUUCACUAUGGCGCUGGUUGCCCCGGCGGAUCACAAUCCUUGUUUUACAAUAUUGCAUUAUAAUUAAUUUUAUUUACCUUGGUCUAGACCGUUUAUCCUUCCAUAAGAAUAUGCUAUAAUGUCAAUCUAGACACAUAUCCUUAGCCUGUUACCUAGCCUGUGAUAUACAUUAAAACAAAAGAUUCAGAGUAAUACAUGACUAACCCUGUAUGUUGACCUUGCUGACAUACUCUGAAUUACUAUUUUUUUAUCUUUUGUAUAAUGCGAUCAUCUCAGUAAAAGAAAGAUUGACAAAAAAAGCUGUUUAAAACCAGAAGUCCUGGGUUUAAUUAAAACAAAAAUGUAUGUGUUGCUCUGUGAUAAAAUUGCAGGCAAGUUAGGUUGAGCAGCAGUUAGUCAGAUAACCAUAGAAUCUUACUGAGCAUGGCUGUACCUUCAGAUUUAAAAAAAUAAAUAAAAAAAUUUGUACAUCUGCGUGGUGCAUUUGGACACCAGGCUAGUUGUCAGCGGCACAGGAUAGCCCCACUUGGUUUGCAAAUCAAAUUCUGUGACAUUUGGAGCAUUAGAUAACAAGUACAGUACGGGGUCCCCAAAUUUAGGACUGUCCUGAGUUUAGUAUAGAAUAUUGAUAAUCCUCUCAUCAAAAUGUGGUGCUUCGACGUCUUCCAUGUAGUCUUAAAAGAGCCUUUUAGUGUUGGUAGAGAUCUGCCUACUUACAUGCUCAUUUAAAACUUAGACUGAUACUUGAUUAGGCAGGAGGAGCUGUAAGAAUUAUUCUGAAACUUCUUUGCCUGGGGUCAGCUUAUAUCUGCAAAAAUAAAUGUAUGUAUGUGUUAGAAACAAUUAUGUGCUAGUAAACUAGGACAGUGGUCCACCAUGCACCAUAAUUACAUGUUUACGUUAUUUUGUCAUGCAUUUGUUUUAAAAUAUGUAACCUGUCUGUUCUCUCAUUCACUAGGCGGAUGCCCCCAACUCAACUUUAAUACCGGAGUCUGAUGCUGUAGGGGUUACUGUGGUACUAAUUACCUGCACAUAUCGAGGUCAAGAGUUUAUCAGAGUGGGUUAUUAUGUAAACAAUGAGUAUUCAGAUCCAGAACUGAGAGAAAAUCCACCUCUUAAGCCAGAUUUCACCCAGGUAUGACACCUUUUUCAACCAACAAGAUUGUGUGUUAAGACACUGCCACACACUCUAUAAAUGGUAUAAAAAUACACUGCCACACACUCUAUAAAUGGUAUAAAAAUACACUGCCACACACUCUAUAAAUGACAGAAUUUUGAUUUUGACAAGUUGUCUAGCAGUGUCUACGGUUUGACCAGUAAACUAAGUCAAAGCACAACAGGUUUUAAGCACAAUUAGUAAUUUAUUCCUGCAAAUUAAAGGAACACUAUAGUCACCUAAAUUACUUUAGCUAAAUAAAGCAGUUUUAGUGUAUAGAUCAUUUCCCUGCAAUUUCACUGCUCAACUCACUGUCAUUUAGGAGUUAAAUUACUUAGUUUCUAUUUAUGCAGCCUUAGCCACACCUCCCCUGGCUAUGAUUAACAGAGCCUGCAUUGAAAAAAAAAAAACUGAUUUUACUUUCAAACAGAUGUAAUUUACCUUAAAUAAUUGUAUCUCAAUCUCUAAAUUGAACUUUAAUCACAUACAGGAGGCUCUUGCAGGGUCUAGCAAGCUAUUAACAGAGCAGGGGAUAAGAAAAUCUUAACUAAACAGAACUUGCAAUAAAGAAAGCUUAAAUAGGGCUCUCUUUACAGAAAGUGUUUAUGGAAGACUAUGCAAGUCACAUGCAGGGAGGUGUGACUAGGGUUCAUAAACAAAUGGAUUUAACUCCUAAAUGGCAGAGGAUUGAGCAGUGAGGCUGCAGGGGCAUGUUCUAUAUACCAAAACUGCUUCAUUAAGCUAAAGUUGUUCACGUGACUAUAGUGUCCCUUUAAGUAAUCUGGUGGAUAAUGAAUAUUACCAUAAAUGCUUCUAUGUUCCAAACAAUCACUCAUAACUAGCCUGCAAUGUAGUAUUCUGUUGAACCCCAGCAGCUGGGUUGCUUCAAUUGACACAGUUCAUGUACAUUAGCACUUAUUGUGUUAUGUAGUCUCUGUCCUGUGUAAACUCUCACUGCCAUGUAGUCCGAGGGGAAAUGGUAAUUAUUAAUGUCUCCUUUCUGUUAUCCUAGCUCCAGAGAAACAUCCUGGCAUCAAACCCUCGUGUGACACGCUUCCACAUCAAUUGGGAGUCUGCUAGCGAAUCAAAAAUGGAAGAUAUUGAAAAUGUAGACCCAGCACCUAAUUCUAUGCUGCCUCCUACUUGUGCUCCCACCAAAGGCCUUUCAGGUGCACUUAACACCAUUCCAGAGAACUCUAUGGACUGUAUAUGAUUACAUUGACAGCUGGAGCAUGUGAGCCAUGCACAGGAAUCUACUUGCAGCCCCCUACUCACUGAGAUCAAAGCAAAACACAGACUUUCAAUGAGAGACUACUGCAAUAGUUGCUCAUCUCAUUGCUGAACAUUAUUGGUGUUCAGUCACCUACUCAUCUUGAAGACAACUCACUUUUCUGAUUCAGAUUGUUUAGUCCAAAUUUUGCCUUUUUAUUUAGUGUAUUGUUUGGGGUUGCUGCCUAGCUAUUUGUAUUUUUUUUCUCUAUAUAUGUAUCUAAGAGACAAGAUGAGAGGCUUGUGACUUUCGUCUAUCAAGUGCCACUGCCAUCUUUCACCCCAUCUCCAGUUUACAGGGAAACUACUAGUAUCUUGGCACCAGCAUCCUUCUUUUAGCAGGCAGCUUACUCAAAUGUCAUUCAAUGCAUUUCUUCCUGUUUUUUCAAGCAACCCCUGUGUGGGUAAGACACCGCAUAACUACUGAUUUGUGAAAGCAGUAGCCUGAGUGUAGUCCUUUAAUGAUGAUGUAUUAUAUAACUUUGAAAACCGCUAUGUUACAUUGUUACUAAUGCUCAAUGCUACUGCACACAGUCUGGUAGUCCUCUUCAGUGUACAUACUGUUCGCUACCAUACUUGACUUAAUAAUUUUGAUACAGGCACUUGACUUGCACAGGUACCAAUAUGCAGUUUCUAUGAAGACUUACAUUAUAAUGCUCACUUAAUACUUAAGUAGUAAAGCUACAGUGUUUCAUGCCAAGAUCAAUGUUUCCAGAGCAUCACAUCCACAUGCUUUUUUGUUUUUUUGCAUCAGGGAAUUCAGCUUUGACAGUUUCUUUUGAAUACUUUUCUAUCAUAUCUCAAAGUCCUAAUUCUACCUGUGAAUUUCUUAUUCUCCACUAAACCCAUGCAAAAUCUGUGGCAAUAAGGCUCUCACCAACAAAUGCUUUGUAAAUUUAAUCCGUUGAAACCAUUACCCCAUCAGCUAACAUUUAUUUAUGUUUGUGGAUCUCCACACAGCCAGGAAUUUCAUGGAGUGAGCAUUGUUUUGAGCUCCCUUCUCAAGGUUUGUCUGACUUUGUACUUCGUGUAUGGCUCGUUUCUAAACGGCCAACGCAAACUUUUCCUUGUGUUAAUUUUUUUUAUAUAUAUUUGUAUAUAUAUAUUGUGAGUAGUAAUAUGUUGAAAUAAAAGCACUUAGACAUAUUACUUACCAAUGCAGUAAUGUCACUUUUAAAUCCUAUACCAGAAUUCAAAUAUAUUGAUACUAAUCGCGUAUCAGACUUUUUUUGUUGAAGCAGCUGUGUUAAAAGGGAACCUGGUCGUGGCAAGUUCACUUUAGUAUCAAUCACCCACAAAUUCUUUGAAUACAUCAUAUUACACAAUUACGCGUUAUAUUAAAUGUACAAUAUAUAGACAUAAACUCUUCUCCAAGCCAGCACACCUUUAUAGGUGUUACACCUGACAAUGGACCACUGGCACUCUCCUGCCUCCAUCUUUGUUUUCCCCUGCAGGGAUGCUUCUCCAAGCAUGACAAAUGUCUGCUGUGACGCAAACACUUUGGCUUUAUUGUCCUCAUGCUGACAUCUGAACGAAGAGCAGUGUCUCUGUUCCUAUAUUCUGUAGCCUGCACUAUCAGAAUAUGCACGGCAGUAACCAUAGCAACCAGAGCUCAUUGCCUGUGGUUGCUAUACUUAUAGAGCAGAAGGGACUGCCUUCAGGGGACUCCUGUGCUCUCCCUGUCCAUUAUUUGGCACAGUCUAGAUAUACCUAUUUUAAAUGGGUUCUCCCAAUCUAUAAAUUGCUGGCGUAUCUUGUAGCACAAUGUAUAAAUAAAACUGUUUUAAAACCAUAAAAGCUUGUAGGUACCAUGUUGGGUGUCCUUUAACAGAGGGGUUUUAUUACAUUAAUUGACAUUAUACAAUAAAUCUUGUCAUUUUUCUGAUAA